CCGCGCGUCGCUCUUUCUGUCUCUAAGCUAUUCGUAUCUAUUCCACCCACCCCCCACCGCUCUUUUCCACACACUCGCAUACCAUGCAUCUCUUCCGCUCUGUCUUCGUCUUCGGUGUCGCCGCCCUCGCAUUUGUGGCGAUGGAGGCUCCUCAAGCUUCCGCCUUCCUCCUGCCCAUGACCCGUUACAUGCUGGAUGCGAUCCCCGACGGCGCUGAAGCCUCUGACGGAGAUGUUGCUGCCGCGUCUGAUGGCAGCGCUUCCGCGGCCGGCGACAUUGCCAAUCCCGACGUUCCAGUCGCCGUUGACACCCCCACUGUCGUUCCGGCGGACGACCAAGGUCAAGCUGAAGAAACCCCCGCUAGUUCUUCGGAGGCUCCGGCUUCCCCUUCCGACACGCCCGCCGAACUCGCCGAUGCUGCCACUGCGACCAGCGCCAUCUCCACCCCCGAAUCCUCCGCGUCUGCCGAUCUUGCUUCCUCGGUCUCCCCCGUCAUACCCUCUGUCGCUGUCUCCGACAACAUACUCGCGCAGGCCAACGCUGCUAACCACGUUGUGGGCCUUGGAGGCUCAAGCGUCUUGGUCGGCUCCGUGCUCGCCACCAUCCUAUUCGCGCUCUAAUCCACCCGUACGCUAGUCGUACCCACACACUAUCCCUCCUCCGCUAUUCUGUCUUCGUCCUGCUUCCCGUCCCUCCGCCGCUAUAUGCCUUCCGGAACAUUCUUCGGAAUGUGAGGUGGGCCUAUGGACGCGCGCCUCGUUAUAAACAUUCGUAUGGUACAAUACUCCCCAUCCCUCUGGUAGCUGGCAGUGUGACCGUCCCCCUUUGCCUCGUUG